AUGAUGAUAAAAAGAGGUUUUAUACCAAUCUUAAAAUAUAUUUCAAGAAAGUUCUAUACUAUGAAUUUUCAUUAGAUUAUUAGAUGUUAUGAGAGAGGAUAAUUUUUUAGUUUACUUUUGAUGCUAACUAAAGGAGUACUAUUCCUUUUACUCAGCAUAUAUAACAAAGAAUAUACCUAAAUUUCAGCUGUAGAUAAUAAUAUGGUUUUUUUAAAUAAAAACAACUACAUUAACGAAUGGUAAGCAAACGGAUAUGCUAUUUAUAUUUAGCCAGUAUGUUUAAUAAUAAAUUCAAGCAUUUUAAUAUAUUUAAUUUUGUGUUAUAUCAAUUUUAGCAUCUUUGGAUAUAAAUAUAUUGUUUAGCCAGCAUUAUAAUAAUGCUUAGAUCCAAAUGAAAGUAUUGAAAUAGAUGAUGAGGAAUUUUUACUCAAGUUAAAUAAAAAAAUGUAUCAUAAGAUAUAUCAAAUUAUGAGUAUUUACAUUUCAAUUUAUGAAUAUAUUCUUUCUACUGCAAUUUUGUAUUAUAGUCUGAUAUAGAUCCAGAAUCCAUUAGCUCCUAUCAAUCUACUCCUAGCAUUAUUUAUUGGCACUUUAAUAAUCGAUACUGAUUAUGAUUAUUCUAUAGACUCUUAAGAUUAUAUGGCAAGGCCUUAUAGCCCUUAUAAUGCAGCAAUUUAUUAUUUAGAUCUGUUAGUAGUUGGAUUAAUUAGCUUCACAAACAAUAUUGAUACUUUACUUUUAAGCAUAUACUUUUUAACAAAUGGCUGGUUUUGCAGUAAAAUAUGUAUAUAUUAUCAAGCUAAAACUAGAUUCUGGAAUAUCUUUACAUAUUACUAUUUUGGUACACUCUGUUUGACUUAUUUUGUAUCUUUUAAAGCAUUUACCUCAAUUAGCUUACCUUCUUUGGCUACUAUUAUUUAUAUACCAAUAUUUUAUAAAAUCUCUUAUAUUAUAUGUGGUUAGCAAGAUAAAUCGAGUUGUAGCUUUUUAUAAGAAAUUUUUGAAGAAAAUGGAAAUAUUUCUUUGAAAAGCGUUGAUAGAGGAAUAAGAUAACAGUUUUUUUAAGACUUACAAAAUUAGCGCAUAAAUGAUUAGCUACAAAUUUAAAUCUUCAGUUUAAUUGUAAAAUAGAAUUAACUAUUAUAAAAAAUGUAGAAUAAUGUAAGUCAUAAUUAGCUUUCUAUGUAUUCUUAAAUAGAGUAAAUGCAAAAAGUAAUCAACAUUAAUGAGAGAGUAUUAUAAUUUAUAAAACUACAAAUAUAAGAGAUUUCUUAAAAAAAGAGAGAACAACCCAACAAAAUAGUUUAUCUGAUUUUUCUUUUAGAAAUAUUAAAAAACAAAAAAGCUUACAUACUUGAAUAUUAUUAAACAAUAUCAUAGAAAUUAAGUAUAAAAUAAGAACAAAUUUUAAAAUCUAUCUAUUUAAAGUUUCUAAAGCAAAAGGAAACUAUUUAAAAUACAACAAGUACUAUGAAUUGUUUUGAUGACUCAUUUUAUUAAUUUAUAAAUUAUGAAGAAAAAAUAAAUUCUGUUUAUUAGAUUAUACAAAGAGGAGUUCAGUAAAAGAUUGAAUUUAUUUCUUACUUAAAGAAAAAAAUGCUAGAUAUUAAUUUUUUGGUAAACAAAGCAAAAGCAUUAAGGAAUAUUUAAUUAAAAGCAAGAAAUUCAAUAAAUGAUUUAUCAAUCAUAAACAAUGAGAAUCAAGAUUUAAUUUCUCUAUAAAUUUUCUAUAUAGAAACACUUUCAUUUGAAGAAAUAGAUUUAAUAUUUAGUGCUGAUUCUUUUUCUAAGAUAAAAUAGUAAAAGAAAAAAAGAGAGAAAAAAUUUUAAAUAAGGCAUAAUAUCCAAUUAAAUGAUUUAUUUAAAAACAAAUAUUCUUGUGUAAUAUUUACUAAAGUUGAAGAUGAUUUUAAUUUAUCUAUAUAAAAAGCUUCUUAAAAUUUUAGUAAAAUAUUUGGAAUUAAUUAAAAAGAUGCUCUUAAUUAAAGGGUUGAGAUUUUAAUGCCACUAAAAACUCCACUAAUUUAGAAACAUAGAGAAUAUAUUGCUAAUUAUUUCUAAAAUUAAAAUAAAGAUACCAUCUAAAUUAAAGAUAAAAUUAUGUUUGUUAAAUCAUCAAAAGAAUACCUUAUUCCUAUAAAAACUGAUAUUAGGUUGAAUUAUUCUUACAAACUUAAUGAAAUAGGAUUUACAGCAAUUUUUUAGUAAGUAAGAGAUGAUUGUCAAUAUAUUUUAUUUUAUAUAGACACUCUAAAUGUUAUUGGGACAACUCAAAAUGAUUAAGACAGUUCUAAUUAAUAUAUAAAUUUUAGAGAUAUCAAAAAUUUAGGUAAAUACUUCCCAUUUUUAUAUAAACUCAAAACAUAGAAUAAAUAAUAAUUAAUGAAAGAGGAAGAAGUAUAAAAAGAAGAAUCUGAUACAAAAUAAUUUAAUUCAAUGUAAGAUAUAUUAUCUUUUUCAAGCGAAAGAUAUAUAUCAAUUACUUAUAUUCAUAAAAAGCAUAUAAAUAAAUACUUAGUAAAUAAUAUUGAAUAUUUAUUAAUAAUUUAAUAUGACGAUUAAUCACUUAUAUUGGAAUAAGAGGAAUUUGAGAAAUCUAAUUUUUUUUAUUAUUUGAUAAAUAUUAGCAUUUAAGAAAGUGGUUACAAAGAUAUAUAAAAUUUGUACUUUAUGAAACUAUCUAAUAUACGUAAUUUAAACCCUCAUCAAAAUGGACAAAUUAUAUUUAAGUACCUCAAUGAAUAUUCUGAACUAUAUUAGCAGAGUAUACCUUAUAAAAUUUUAGAAAAUAUGUAAUAGGCUUUCUAAAAAAGAUAUUCGAUAGCAAGCUCUCAAAGAUUUAUUAAAUCUAUAAAUAACUCAGAUUUAAUAGGGCAAAAAUUAAAUAAAUAAAAUGAAAAAUAUAAAUUUAAUAGUAUGAAUUCUAAAAAAUUAACAAAUUAAAGCUAUCAUUAAAUAAUUAGAAAUGUAGAAGAAAACUAUGAAAUUUCACAAUUAAGUACGAAUUAAAUUUAAUUAGAAUUAAAAUCACAAAAAUAAGGUAUUUUAAAUAAUUAAAGGAUAGAAAUAAUUAGUACUUCUUAAUUCACUCCUAAAGAUUUACUUAGUUAAGUAUCUAAAAGAUAAGAAGAAUUUACUUAAGAGUAUGAUAAAUACAAUUUAAAUGAAGAUAAUAAAGGAAACGAUGACUGUACGUUUUAAGCUAUUGAUAGAAAAGGAAAGGAUGAAAGUAUGUUAGUUGACUUCAAUUAAAAAGAGUAAAUAAGCUUUGGUAAUUAAAUAGUUUUCAGUACUAAAAAUAGCUUAAGUAAGCUAUCUCCUACUAAAUAAUAAUCUCUAUUAGCUAAUAAUGAUUAUACUCCACUAGCUAUUGAUAAAAAAGAAAUUGAUAAGCAAGUAUUAUUCGACUUCUAUUAAAAUCAAUAAAUAAAUACAAACUGCAUUGAAGAUUAAUUGUACUUUAGUGAUAGAAAUCACUUAAAUUAAAUAUCUCCUAUGAAUUAAAAUAUAUUACUGACCAAUAAUUUAUAACAAUAAACCAUCUAGAAAAACCUAACUUAUCUUAGUAAUGAAAAUGAAAUGAUAAAAUCUAAAAAUAAUUUAACAUCUUACAAAGACAGAAAACCAAAUAAAACUAGAGAAUAGAAUAUUGAUAAAAAUUCUUCUUCUAUCUCAAGAGAUUAAGCAUCGUCAUAUAAAAAAAGUUUAAUUAACAUUAUAAGAAGAGAUUCAAAUAUCUAAGCUGUUAGAGUUGUUAAUAUCUUUGGAAUAGCUACUUUUUUAAUUCUCACUAUUAUAACUGUAUAACAAUAUUUUAAUUUUAUGGACUAUAUGGAUUAGUUGAAUCAAAUAAUGAAUUCACAAAAUUGGCCUUAUGAAGUAUAAGAUUAGAUUAGUAAAUAGCUUAUGCACUAAAAUUUCUUAUAUUUAGAAAGAUAAAAUAAUUUUACAUUUACUUCAUAAGAAGUUCAAAUAAAAUUUGAUACAUUUUUAUUAGAAAAAAUAAAUUAAAGUAGUGUGGAGUUUUUAAAAAUAUUACAUUCUAUGGAUUAAUAGCUAACUAGUUAAAUGCUUUAAAACUAAAUCAGUAAUUAUUAGUCUUAAUUUUAUGUGAAUAUUGCCUAUGAUCCAUUAAAUAUUUCAGGUGUACCUUCUAAAAUAAAAAUUUUCUUCUUUGAAAUUAGAAAUUCAUCAUUGUGGUAUUCUUUGCUGGUCAAUAACUAUUAUAUCUAUUAAUAAUCAAAAAACGUGUUUGGGUAGCUUUAAGAAAUAUCUCUCCUUUAAAAUAUGAAUAUUAUAUAAACUGGAAUGUAGAACACCAUAGUCUAUUUCGAAGGCUAUUAAAAUCAAUAAAUUUUAGAAGUAAAAAAUUAAAUUUCUUAUCUAAUAGGAAUAAAUAUGGUUGUUUCAGCAGUGUGUCUUUUAAGUAUAAUUCCUUUAUAUUAUUUCAUAUAGAAAAAAAAGCAAAUAAUUUUAAAUUUAUUUAGCACUUUUACUGUUUACUAGCUAUAAUAAAUUAUUCUAUAAAUAAAAUCUUUCUAUUAUAAAAACUCAUUUUUGGUAACUAAUUUAAAUAAUGCUGAUUUUGAUAUUUAAAUUUUCAGCAGUAAACUACUUUAAGAUUAUUAGAACCAUAAAAAAUAAACUCUUAGCAAUAUAACAAAACUUCCUGGAUAUAAAUUAAGUAUAGUAUUAGUAAUAUGCCUAAUUUAUUUUUUACUCUCACUUAAUCCAAUAUUGAAUAAGAUAUUUAUUGAAAUUUAUUUAGAUAACUAGAGUAAUAAUUUUAUGAUUCUUGAUAAUCUAAACUAAGCUAGAUCUUUCAUUUUAUAGAGUUCAGGUUUAUUAUCAUUUGGCACAACCAUUAAACUAUAUCCUUAUUCUAAAGUAGUUUUAUUAAGCGAAUACAUAAGCCAAAUCAGAGCAAUCAUGAAUAAAACAGAUUAGUUGUUAACAAAUAUAACUAAAAUCUCUAAUUAGUUUGAUAUAUCUGGAAGAUACCAAUAAUCAUAGUAUGAUAAUUUUUUUUCCCCUCUAUUUCAAGAUGACAUUUGUUCCUUACUAGAAAAAAAUUAACAACUAAUACUAGAUCCUACUAAAACUCUACCUGAUUCUUGUAGAAAAAUUCAAAAUGGAUGUCUAUAAUAAGGAUUAAAAUUAUCACUAAUUAAAUUUUAAUCAAUAAUAUUAGAUAUAAAUAAUCUAAUUGAAACAAAUCAAGAUGAAUAACUAUUGUAAGCUGAACAGAGCUUAUUUAAAUCUCUUAACUUAGAAGAUUUUUUUAAUUUUAUAGAUUUUUUACAAGAAAUAUUCUUAAUAAUGGGUAACUUUAUUGUAAAUAAUAACAAUGACUACUUCUAGUAUAUCAAGUAAGUUGAACUAAUAUUAUUUAUCAAUCAGCUUGUUCUCAUAGCUUUAACAUUUGGCCUAGGAUGGCAUUUAUUUAGCUGUUGGAUUGGUGAAUAGAUUAACAAAAUUAAAUAAUAUCUUUAAAUAAUAAAUAUUUAAAAUCUAUUAGAUAAUAAGUAUAUAUUAUUAUUUAUUAAAAAUAAUUCAAAAUUAUGA